CCAACAUGCCUCCGAAGAAACGGAAGAACAGCGAUGUUCCACCGACAAUUACCAAGAAAAGGGCGAAAACAACGGCCUCACAUACCGCCACAACCAGUGUAAACACGAAUGACCCUGCCAUUUUGGCAAUAACUGAAAAUACCCGAAAUAGGGCAGCAAGAAGACCGGUUUUAAACACGCCUGGACUGUCCGGGAACCAAUCCCAGGCUGUAAAUGAGGGCGAUUCUCAUUUAACAAGCCAAAUCAUCGGCAACCAAUCCCAGCCUGGUGUCGAUGUACACACACAAAUGACAAGACAGAUAGUGGACAAUAUUUCCAGUACACUGGAGAGCUUAGUGGAGCGGAAGAUCUCUGAAAUUUUGGGAAAAAACAUGCCCCAGACAUCCACUCCAAUGACUGAUCAAGAACAGCAUCUGAAUGAUCGUGGGAUUCAAUCAAUCCAACAUGAGGGACACUGGAACAAUCUUCCAAACUACAACAUUGUGCAAACAGAACAUAGCACUUUCACAGAUUCAACGGUUCAAAGCGUUAGCGCCCUUCUGCAACCCACAUCCUACAGUCAUAGCUCCACAUCUCAAGCCAGAGGUAUUGUGCAAGGGUUUGAACAUUUGCUAAAUGCUUCUCUUGCACCUUCAACUAUGGAGACAUACAAGCGCGGUUGGCGGCUAUUUCAUGAGUUUUGUCAAGUUUUUUCCAUUUCUACUAUCUCUUUGCCCCUUUCUGUCACGACUCUUGCCCUGUUUGUGGCUUUCCUUCACCAAAAACCUAUGUCCGUGAAAUCCAUUACCACUUACCUUUCAGGCAUAAGCUAUGCACAUAAGCUGCAAAAUGUGACAGACCCCACUUGUCAUUUCCUGAUAUCGUCCUUAAUUAAAGGUGCGCAACGCUUGUCACCAUCUUACGACUUGCGCUUACCUAUCACUAUUGAUCUUUUAGAUAAAUUAAUAUUUGCUCUAAAGCAUACUUGCGAAACUCACUACCAUGAAAAACUAUUUGCUGCCAUGUUUCUAUUUGCAUUUCAUGCUUUUGCUCGUUGCAGCGAGAUUGCAAGCUGCAAGCCAUCUACAAAGUCUUUCAUUUUACAGUUAGCGGACAUUCAGUUUGAUUCCAUUACAGCACCUUCUUCAGUAUCGGUUACUUACCACAGGUUUAAGCAUAAUAAUGGCAAACCACACACAAUCAACUUUUCACAUGGCCAUACAAAACAAUCUGCAGUUCAUGCCCUGAAGGACUACAUAUCAGUUCGUGGUCAAUAUCCGGGGCCUAUUUUUACUUUAACUUCUGGUUUACCUGUCCCUAGGAGAAUUUUUGAUAAACAGCUAUCAUCGUGUUUAAGAUUUUGUGGCUUGGACAGCAAAUGGUACAAAUCACACAGCUUUCGUAUAGGUAAAGCUACUGACUGUGCUCAAAGAGGGUACUCAGAUGCUAAGAUAAGACAUUUAGGUCGUUGGCAUAGUAACGCUUUCCAGAAGUACAUCAGAAUUACAGAUAAUUGACCAGUCUUAUCCCGCAGACAAAGAGCAUUGCAUAAUAUACCUUGAUGAUAACAGCACUCUCUAUCAAGCAACCUGCUUGGGCUGGUUGCUUUGAACAGACGUGCCAUCUGACAUUAAUUAAAACCUUAACAAUUGAGAUUAGCCUUGUCCUGGUACAAAAAUCCCAGAUUUACCAGUUACCUGUAUAUAUGUAUAUAUAUAUAUAUCAUGUACCAUUUUUACUUGUGGCAUUUCUAUAACUUUGUUGUGUUUUUUCCAAUAUGAAUGUCAUUGUAUGUGUUAAGUACUGUGAAAGAUACUCACUCUUUGUAUCGGAAACAUUUUCGUUGCCUGCUUGGGCUGUCAACGACAACAAUUUUCCAACUGCUAUUUUUCUUCACGCGCUAUAUGUUUGCCAAUACUUCGUAAUUACAAUCUAUUCGAUACCUGCCUGGGCUGGCUAUCGAAAAACAACUAAGUCGUAUAUUUUUUCACAUUCUAGAUGUGUUCAACUACAUUGUAUCGAAUUGAGCAAACAAUUCAUUGUAUAUACAUUUUGUUGUUUCCAUCAUUUUCAUUUAAUGCGCCACUGUAAUGUAGCGUCCUAUAUUUGUUUGUUUGCUUGUAUCAAAGUUUCUACUUUAUCAAGCCAAUGUGUACUGAUAAUUACACAUAUAUAUGGUUAGUGUAGAAUUUGUUAAUUUAUUGACGUUACUGACAUUAUUUACUUUGUCUUGCUUUAAAUAGUCUUUGAUGCAUUUCCACGUUACAUGUUUUAUUCUAGUCAGAAUAUUUUGUGAUUCUGUUGAAAAAUGUGUUAUUUCUUACAUACUUGUUAUACUUGAGCCAUUCAGUUCCCAUUUUGUUCACAAGAUGCCAAAGUAUGAGUUUAUUAUUGUAUUCCUACAUGUAAGUCGUGCCAGACAGGUGGGACCUCUACAUUACCGUUUUAAAAUGUGGGGGAAGAUAGCAAGCUAUCUUUUUGGCCAUUUUCUAAAGAAACCUCCACAUUUUACCAAAUUACAUUAUUGUUUGAUCUCCUUUUGUCAUACGUUAUUUAUAUUGGUGUAUAUAUUGUUAUAUGUUUUGGAACUUUUGUUACAUAUUAAAAACGGUCAGUCAAUGACCAUUUAACCACA